GAUCGGCUGCUCUUCAACACGAUAGAUUUGAUGCUGAUGUGGCUCAGAAUGGCUCCUGCUCUUCAUCUGAUCUUUCUGCUCAUCAUUCACAGGGUUUCUGCUGCUAGUUGGGGUGUGAAAUACAGUACUUUAAAAAUCUGUGCACUACAGAACUCAACAAUUACAAUCAGCUGCACUUUUACAUACCCGACUACUGUACAUCAGAUCAUGAAAGUGUUUUGGACCAAAGAUGUAAAUGGUUUUCCAGAUCUGUCUGUGGACCCUGAAUACAGUCAGAGGCUUCAGUAUCUGGGAGAUAAACAGCAGAUCUGCACUGUCCGACUGAGUCAUGUGACAAAGAAAGAUGAACACCAGUAUUACUUCAGAUUCAUUACUGAUCAAAAUGGAGGGAAAUGGACAGGCACUCCAGGAGUGCGUCUCUCAGUCACAGAUCUUCAGCUGGAGUCUCCUGAGAGAGUGACAGAGGGAGAUUCAGUCCGUCUGACAUGUAAAAGCAGCUGUAAACUGACUGACACACCAACAUUCAUCUGGUACAGAAACUCACACACAUUGACUAAUAUUGGAGAUGAACUCAACAUCAGUUCAGUCAGUAGAACAGAAGCAGGACACUACAGCUGUGGUGUGCAGAAAUACAACUACAUCUCUCCUGCUGUUUAUCUCAAUGUCAGAUACCCACCCAGGAACAUCUCAGUGUCUAUGAAUAGAUCUGCUGUAAUAGUGGAGGGAGAUUCAGUGACUCUGAACUGCAGCAGCGACUCAAACCCUCCUGCUCUGAUCUUCAACUGGUUUAAAGAAAAUAAAUCUCUGAAUUCUGGAAGAAUCUUCAACAUCUUUAAGAUCAGCUCUGAUGACAGUGGAGAAUACAAGUGUAGAGCCAGAAAUGACCAUGGAGAGAAAUACUCUGAUCCUGUGACUUUAGAUGUCCAGUGUGAGUUUAUGAUGGUUCAGUAA